AUGGCGGACAACAACCUGUCAGUGCCGGAACAGAAGACAGAGCUGCCCCUCAGCUCUCUCUCCAGGGCCCUGUCGGAGAUAUCAUCUAUUCAGGUGGAGAAGAAACGCAAGAUAUCGCUCCACCCAGAAAAGCCAGUCAAGGAAUUCUACGAGGUGCAAAAUGAGGAGAUCAGGUCGUUUCUCAUGCCUGUGGAGCAGCACCAGCAAUCGCUCGAGGACACGCAGGAGGCUUCCGGCCUCCGCUACCAGAUUGCCGUCAAGGGCAGUCUCUGUGCCAACGUCUGCCUCUCUGGGCUGCAGCUCUACGCCGCUAUCUCUUCGGGAUCCUUGUCGUUGAUCACGACCAUGGUCGACUCGUGCUUUGAUCCGUUUUCAGGACUUUUGCUGUACAUGGCACACCGAACAGUGACCAAAGCCAGCCCAACAAAAUAUCCUGUCGGCAGGGCGCGUAUCUCCACAGCAGGCAACAUCGUGUUUUCGUUCGUCAUGUUCACCGUGUCCGUCGUCAUUUUGGUCCAGGCCCUCCAGACGUUCAUCAAGGGAUCCACCGCCGAGACGCGGCCCUUCUUCCUGCCUUCCAUCAUCUCCGUAUCGGCGGCCUUCUGUACCAAGUUCUGCCUAUUUCUGUACUGUUGGACCAUCAAGCAGCACUUUUCGCAGGUGGAGAUCCUCUGGCGGGACCACAGAAACGACCUCUUCCUCAACGGAUUCGGCAUCCUGACCUCUGUUGGGGGCAGCAAGCUGCGCUGGUGGAUCGACCCGAUGGGCGCGACCAUACUGUCUGUGACAAUAGCUGGGCUCUGGCUGCACACGGCAUAUGACGAAUUCCAGCUUAUCAUCGGCGUGUCUGCGGAGCGCGAGAUACUCCGACUGAUCACAUACAUCGCCAUGACCCAUUCACCAGAGAUACAGCAGAUCGACACCGUUCGGGCUUACUACUGCGGCCCGCGCCUGAUUGCCGAAGUCGAUGUGGUUAUGAACAAAGACGAAAGGGUCGAGAUUGCGCACGACGUCGCGGAGGCGUUGCAAAUCAAGCUGGAGAAGCUCCCUUCAGUAGAAAGAGCUUACGUCCACAUAGACUAUGAAACGAGUCACAAGCCAGAACAUUGUUUGAAGAAGUUGACAUGAUUAAUGACUUAUCAGCCACAACAUUAGUUUAUUUUGAUCAUUUUAAUCUUGAAAAAUACCGAGCCCUGGCGGCUCUUGUAGACGAGCUUGGUGUUGCGUAGAUACAUUACUGUUCAGGGCAACCGCAACGGCUUCGAAGAUCUGUCUAGUCUUACCAGAGAAACUGGCUAAUUAUACACCUCGUAUUGCACGAUCUAUGUGACCAUGCAGUGCAACUUCUCCCUCUGCACGCGUCCCUUCAGGACGGUCUGCUUUGCCCACCUGGGCAGCCUCUGUUUGCCGCAAGCCGGUUUCAGUCCUUGACUUCAACAAUCCACAACCAUCAAGCGAAGCACAUUCCCGGUGACAUCAGGUACCUCGGUUCCGAGAAGGCGCUCGAAUUAGACCGAUAUCGUUGUCGGUUUCGUCGUAGUUGCUGUCCUGAAGUGCGCAUGCCGCCGACCUCUUCGCUCAUAGGUACAGGUAUCCGGCGACAGCAAGGCCAAUCAUUAUGAUAGACAGCCAUUGCAGAAACAUUUCGGACUCGGUCUCCUUCAUCCCUUUCGUCACGGUCGCUUCCCACGCAACACCGGGUGCAGUCCUCUCCUCCUCUGUCAUCUCUGCGGUGGACUUUUUGUUGGCCAUCUUGACACUGAGUUCUUCUGGAUGGUCGUUGCAGUGUUGAGAACGAGAUCCAAGCUUGAGACAAUGACUUGCUUUUGAAGUGCUUUUGAAGUGAUUUUGGAUGCCAAGGAAUCGCGGAUGGUAGAAUUAAGGUUGAGUUCGUCAGAUUAAAAGUCGACAAUAGUCAGGCAAGGCAGAGAGAAAAGUGCGAGCUUGAGUUAUUAUUUUGAUAAUGUCUUCUACUGCCCAGGUGUUUUGCACUAUACUAGGGAAGCAGGUGCUGGCCACGUUAUAUGUUGUUCGCAGUGGAGGUCCAUUCUCCGGGUCCCUGCAUUCCGGAUGGGGAGGAUUGUGGGCCGAUA